ACACUUGAAAUCGACUUUCUGUGGCACUGAUAACGGAGUUUUCUGUGCUGGUUUUGGUUUUCAAGGUACUUUUUCAAAUCUCACUUUAAAGUUUUACUACAAUACUUAUCUUACAAUGUAGUAGCGUUAUGUCCUUUAGUGGUAAAAAAAAAAAAAAAAAAAAAAAGGCGAGUCCAUUCCAGACAUUUUCCCGCGGUGACAUGUGUUGGCCCCGAGAUGUGAAACCGCUCAGCAGACUUAUUAGUGACGUCACAGUCUCGUGCAACAGGAUUGGGAGCGUUUCGAUGCACCUGUUGCACCACCUGGAGCAGAGCAACAGUGACAGACAGGAGGCUGGGACAACAGCAGCAUGGGAGGCGUCUACUUCAGUGAAAAGAUGGCAGGAGUUUUCUCCUACGAGAGCUCAGAAAUCGACUGGUGUGAAGACAACUACAAACACUCUGAACAUGUAGUGGAGUACUUCAACACUAUGAGCAGCUUUGUUUUCUUCAUUAUAUCUCCCAUCAUGAUCUACCUUCUGCACCCUUAUGCCAAAGAGAGGAACCUGGCGAUUCACAUGGUCUGGACCAUGAUGAUAUUUGUAGGGCUCUUCUCAGCGUACUUCCACAUGACGCUUAGUUUUGUUGGCCAGAUGUUGGACGAGCUGUCCAUCCUUUGGGUGUUGGCGGUGGGAUAUUCUGUCUGGUUCCCCCGCAGACUCUUCCCUUCUUUUAUCAAAGACAGGUCCACAUUUUCAAGCCUUGUCCUGGUGAUUACUGUCAUCUCCACAUUGUCAUCAUUUGUCAAACCUACAGCCAAUGCCUACGCUUUAAACUGCUUCGGCCUCCAUAUGCUUUAUGUUCUGGCUGUUGAGAUGAGAUGCUGCACUGACCAGAAGGCUCUGCGCCUGGCCAAGCUGUCGGUGGCUCUGUGGGUGCUCGCCAUCUCCUGCUGGAUUAGUGACCGUUUUGGCUGUAGCUUCUGGCAGAGGCUAAACUUCUGCUACUUGCACGGGAUCUGGCACAUUCUGAUUGUGAUAGCUGUGGCCUAUGGCAGCACCCUGAUAGCUUACCUGGAUGCCAACUAUGAGAUACCGUACUCUCUGCCCGGACUGCAGUACUGGCCGUGUGAUAAAUGGGCUGUUGGAUUACCUCACAUUGUCCUCAAGGGCACUACCAAAACACAGAAACGAUGCUAAAAGAGUCACCUUGUUGAAGAAAAAGAAAAUCAAAUCACAGGAAUCCAACCGACUACCACUCCCAAAAUGACGGAGACUGUCUUUUAAUACACAGACUAACACUAGAUAACAAUUGAAUCUUAGUUGUGAUUGUUGUCUAAUCCUGUAAAAGGGUUGUUUACAUAAUGGAUGGAUUACUAAAUGGACCUACUGAGCACAGGCCAAGGAGGCAGGAGGGCCCUAAGGGACAGAUUAUGCUUGAACAGAACUAGUUGACAACAACAGAAAUUGGGAUAAGUAUUUAUAGCCAUCCUGAACAUUCACACUGUCAUAGAGAGCUAGGAGAAUGUUUAUCAUUAAAAUAUGGGGAUGAUGGCACACAUUUUUAGACAGCUGAGUUGCACUUGGUCACUCACUUUAAAAACACAAAAAUUAAAUAUUCAAUACAGCAUAAGAUUAAAUAUAUACAGCAUACAGCACAUAAGAGAUGUGCUAUGCGAGUCCAUUGAAUUUAAGUGUGUACCCAUAUCUUAUUUAUUAUGUUUUUGUUUUGUGUUUGUGCCCAGAGGCCCAUUGUCAGAUAAUCCACCCAUGUUUUACAAAAAUAUUGAUUGAAUGAACUCAUACAAAUAUCUUGAGCUGAGAAACACAAAAUGAAUGUUUAUCUAUAUAUCAGACUUUAAAUAUAGUUUAUUUAAAUAUACACAUUAUUUAUACGGUUACACAAAUGAUUUUUUUCAUCCUAUAGAUUCACAUUUUACCACAGACGUGAAUGCACAACAUAAGGUGAUGUAACUGUAAUUUAUAUCAUAAAAACAAAUAAAAAAGCCAGAUAUUAUAGACAUUUUAAAAUAAUGACUGUCAAACAUUAUACAUUUGCAACAUGAAUGGUUUCAUAAAAUUUCUAUAGGCACUCUGAAUGACUGAGAAAAU